GAUUGAGUCUGCCCGCCUGUACGGCAAUAUGAACAAGUAUGCGUAUUACUUCACCGACAUGAUGGUUGGCUCGCCAGAUCCCCAGCGAGUCUCAGUCAUCGUCGACACCGGGAGCAGGUUGGUAGGCUUCCCAUGCACCGGCUGUGGUCACUGCGGUGAGCAUCUUGACCCAGCCUUCGACAUCUCUGCUUCUGAAACUGCCCGCUGGUUCGGCUGCGACGACUGCGCGGAUUGCGUGGAGGGCCGGUGCCCGUACAGCGAGACGUACGCCGAGGGCAGUUCCAUUGCGGGUUCUUGGUUCGAUGAUUUCAUGGAGCUUGGCGACUCGUUCAGCAAGAACCCCGCGGUGCGCGUGCAGAUGGGCUGCCACAACAACGAGGACAACCUCUUUUACACACAGCAGGCCAAUGGCAUCAUGGGGCUCGCUCCCUCAACGGGGAAGGCUUCGCAGCCCACGAUCUUGCAGCAGAUGUUCCAGGACAAGAAACACAUCGACACGUCGGUGUUCUCGAUAUGUCUGGCGACCUGGGGCGGGCGCAUGACUGUCGGCGGCUUCAACAGCUCCUACCACAUAGUCAAGCCGUUCCUCGAUCCAGUUCAGUGGGUCGACAUGCGCGCGACGCAGUACUAUUUCGUGAAGCCCGAGGCGCUGAGCGUCGUCGAUUUCACGGAGAGAAUCGAAGUGGUUCGGGGCGUGGAGGAGUUCGGAGUGACUAUUGUGGACAGCGGCACGACGUACACCUACCUGCCAAACGCUAUUUUCUCCUCGCUGAUGAGCCACUUGACGGAUUACUGUGCGGAACACGACGGCUGCGGAGCAGAGCAGGAGUCAGACCGCUGUUGGCGUCUCCGGGACGUGGACGCAGGACCUGUUGGUUUUCCACCAUUGGCACUUCACUUCGAGGGCGACGUGAGAGUCGAUUGGAUGCCACAGAGAUACUUGCAACAGCGCGCCGACAAGGCGCUUUGGUGUCGCGCCUUCAUGGCGAAUUCGAUAUUUCAGACCGUCAUCGGCAUCUCUCUUAUGCUCCACAAGGACUUUAUCUUCGACAUCGCCCGUGGCCGGCUGGGCAUCGCGGACGCGCAGUGCCCAGAGUACACUGAGCAGCCCGCCGCGGAUGCCCGGGCCCUGCAGCUGCCGCAGCGGCUGGACAGCCAGGCGCACGUGGACGUGCCACCCCGCCUCGGCGCGCCCUUGCGGGAGUUCGCCGAAACAGGAUCCGCCGAGUCCAGCAGCGCCGCACCUGCUGCCAAGACGGUGAUGACUCUCUGGGAGGUGUGCGCGGGUGCCGUGGUGGUCGUGGCGGCCUUGUUCGCCCUGAGCAAGGCGCGGAUCCGGCGGAGCGCGGUGCUGGGCGCGCGAGGCGUCGACGAGGAGUCCCGCCUGGUGGAUGCGGGCGAGCAGUAG